UAAGAAGCAAUUUACAAUGGCAGGAGGAAGCGUUGGAAGAAGCUUAACUGAAACACCUACUUGGGCCGUUGCAGUUGUUUGCUUUGUUAUACUUUCUAUUUCUAUCUUCAUUGAACACAUUUUCCACAUCAUAGAAAAGUGGUUGAAGAAGAAGCAUAAAAGUGCCUUGUAUGAGUCACUUGAAAAGAUCAAAUCAGAGCUAAUGUUACUAGGGUUCAUAUCAUUGCUCCUAACAGUAGGAGAAGGUUUAAUAUCAAGAAUAUGUAUAUCAGAAAAAGUUGCAGCCACAUGGCAUCCAUGUAGCAACAAUGCAAAUAUUGAAUCAGAUGAUGAAGAGUUAAUAGACCAUGAAACCGGUGGCAGCCGGAGAUUACUAGCCGCGUUGCUUGCUUCUCAAGGCGACAAUCACCACCGUAUUUUGGCUGGUGGAGGAGGUGACAAAUGUGCAGAAGAGGGAAAAGUAGCAUUUGUAUCAGCAGGGGCCAUUCAUCAACUCCAUAUAUUUAUAUUUGUGCUUGCUGUUUUUCAUAUCCUCUACUGCAUACUUACUCUGGCUCUAGGUAGAGCAAAGAUGAGAAGGUGGAAAAGAUGGGAAGAGGCAACCAAGACACCUGAGUACCAAUUUUCACACGAUCCUGAAAGAUUCAGAUUCGCUAACGAGACUUCGUUUGGAAGAAGACACUUAAGUUUCUGGACCAAAAAUCCUGUCCUCAUUUGGAUUGUAUGUUUUUUUAGGCAAUUUGUAAGGUCAGUUCCUGAAGUGGAUUACUUGACCUUAAGGCAUGGAUUUAUGAUGGCACAUUUGGCUCCUCAAAGUCACCUGAAGUUUGACUUUAGACAAUACAUCAAAAGAUGUUUGGAAGAAGACUUCAAAGUUGUUGUUGGAAUCAGUCCUCCAAUUUGGUUCAUCACAGUGUUCUUCCUCCUGUUCCAUACUCAUGGGUGGCACUCUUAUCUAUGGCUACCAUUUCUUCCUUUGAUUAUUGUCCUAUUAGUUGGAACAAAGCUGCAAGUGAUCAUAACUCAAAUGGGUCUUAGAAUUCAAAAACAAGGAAUGGUGGUAAAGGGUGAGCCAGUGGUGCAACCUAGGGAUGACCUCUUUUGGUUUAACAAACCUAGACUUAUUCUCUUCCUUAUUAAUUUUGUACUCUUUCAGAAUGCCUUCCAGCUUGCUUUCUUUUCAUGGACUGCUCUUCAAUUUGGGGUGACAUCCUGUUACAAUUCACGUAAAGAUGGUGUUGUCAUUAGAAUUUGCAUGGGAGUCUUCGUUCAAAUCCUUUGCAGCUACGUCACUCUCCCUCUCUAUGCUCUCGUGACGCAGAUGGGUUCGACCAUGAAACCAACCAUAUUCAACGAAAGAGUAGCUACAGCUCUACGGAAUUGGCACCACACCGCAAGGAAGAACAUAAAGCACAACCGUGGAUCGGGCUCUCAAACCCCAUUUUCAAGUCGGUCCAUAACUCCGGCACGUUCAAUGUCUCCGGCCCAAAUCCUUCGUCAUUACCGCAACCAAAUGGACACUCCAACAAGACUCAAUUUUGAGACCAGUCACCACUAUGAAUCUUAUUCACCCUCACCUUCCAACUCACACCACCACAAGGUUGAGAUCAAUGUUGCUUCUUCCAGCUCAACUCAUCUUCAUGAAAUGGAAAUGGGUCACCUAGCCCAUGUUGAACAACAAGAAGUCAUUAAGCCCAAUAGUAUUUCUGUGGGCUCAGGCCGGCCUCAAUUUGAAAUUGAUAUCCAACAGAGUGAUGAACUCUCAUUUUCAACAAUGCCCACAAAUCAAUUAGAAUGACUAUGGUCGGUUGAUAUUCUCACAACAAUCGUUUCCUAGAAACACAUAAAAAUGAUCAAAAAAACGUAGCGGUAGUUAACUACCGUUGAGUUUCUGUUUAUAAGUCAACGGUAGUUAACUGUUGUUGGAAUUUUUUUGGGUCAUUUCCAUGUGUUUCUAGAAAACAAUGGGUGUGAUUUAAGUGUUUUGGACCUUUUUGUUUAGGUGGUGACAUCUUUUUUUAGGUGCUUUGAUGUUGUAACAGAUAUUAGAGGAUUCAUCAUUUUAGCACACCUUGUACGGGGUGAAUCACUAUAUUUUUGAGUAAUAUAUUCCAUUUUGAUUUGUUCAAAAAAAACAAUUUUCUAUGC